ACAAAUCAUAACUAAGCCGAAAAUUAGUUGGCUCCAGCUGUGUUCCUCUAACAGUUGUACCCUCCCAACUAAUAAUUUGUCACCGGCAUUUACCGGUUUUCCCUUAUCUCUUCCUAUAUUUCCGUUAUAAACAUUCGCAACUUAAUGGACAGAGAGAAAUCCAGACCCGAAUGCUUUAGGGUUUCUGAUAAAAUUCCAUAUUUAUCUGCAAACAACAAAACCCCUAAUUUAAAGGGGUUGCGGAUUGUGUGAUAUUUUCUCCUUUCUUGUUGUUGUCGUCAAUUUCUUGAAACAUGGCGGGUCAAACAAACACAAAAGACUCGGACGUGAAUGAAGAAUUGCAGGAGCUCGAAUUCACGAAAAGGGGUUGUUGUUUUUGGUUUCCAUCUUUCACAUGUGGAAGAGGCGUUUGGGAACGAGUCUCUACCAGUGAUCAAAAGGAAGAAACGCAUUGGUGGGAUAAGGGGUUAAACGUUGUUAUGAAAGUCAGGGAGUGGUCGGAACUUGUGGCAGGUCCAAAAUGGAAGACAUUUAUUAGACGAUUCAAUAAAAAUCGUUCUAAAACUAAUAAAUUCAAUUACGACCCCAUGAGUUACUCCUUGAAUUUCGAUGAUGGACCAGGGGUAAACGAUCAAUCGGAAGACGAUCGUUUAUUUCGUGAUUUCUCGUCGAGAUUCGCUUCAAUUCCGGUUUCUGCCAAGUCUUCAAUGGAUUUGGGCAAAGACUCAUCAUCCUUGUUGUGAAUUCCUCAGCCGCCGGAAUCUUGAUUGAAGCGGCGAAUUAGGAAGCCAUGAUGUGGAAUCGGACAAGCGGCGGCGAUGGGCCGAGAAUUGCGGCGGAGAAAUUGGGCAGGGCUCUGUUAUUUGCAACGCUUGUGACGGUGAUGAUACAGGUGGUUUUGAUUCUCUCUGACAUAAAAUUUGGUCGGUUGAUUGAGUUGGGGAAAUAAAAAAAAGAUUUGAGUACUCUUAUUUUAUUUUUUUAGUUGAGAAUUUGAUUAGUCAAUUGGUAUUAUUCGAUUUAAUUCUUUAAAAAUGUAACUACCAACUUUUAUUUGUUUGUUUGUUUACAGUUUGAUAAAUCACAUUAUUUUUCUAGUUUCUUUUGAUGAAUUGUUACAUCAGAUUAGCAUUGAUCUUUUA